GAAAGACAAUCCGCCAUUUUGAAGCAGACGAAUACACCGUGAUCACAAAACAUUUAGUGCUCUGUAAGAUUUUCAGAAAUAACUAAUAAUUAAUCGUGUUAUUAAAAACAGUGAGAGAGAGAGAGAAAAGCGAGAGGAGGGCCUUUAAAGGGUGUUAAAUCCACGCGGGGCUCAAGAUGUCCGUCGACAGGAGAGACGAGAAAGACGGGGAACUCAAUGUGCUGGAAGACAUUUUGACUGAUGCUCCUGACCAGGACGACGAGCUCUACAACCCUGAAAGUGAACAUGAUGUUAACGAUAAAAAAGGGUCUAAAAGGAAGCAUGAACGAGGGGAUGGUCAGGAUGCAAAGCGCCUGCGGGCUUCAGGACACAACACUAGACAACCAAUGAAAAGAGCUGCUCCUUCUUCUGGGUCAAAUGGUAAGAAGACCAGCAAUCCCAGAGGAAGACAUGCACCAGAAGACCUCUAUGAUGACAGAAAGAACCAUUCUGGAAGAGGAGGUGCAUCCCGGGCUGAUCUGUCGAAAGGAUAUGGUGAGAAAGGCCUGUCCAGCAGCAGAGACACGCAGAGACGGAUCAAACCAUUGAUGCCUGAGUUAACAGAGAAGAUGCGGAGAACCAGUGAGGAGAGUACAGGCAGAGCAAGUCGAUCCUCCAGAGAAGAGGAGGCUCAUUCAGAAGAAUAUGCCACCGGCAGCUCUGUGGCUUCAUCUGAAGGAAACUGCUCAGACAUUGAAGAGGAAGGAGCCAUGCCGGAGGAAGGAGAAGAGAAGGAAGGAGAGGAGGAAGAAGAGGAAGAAGAGGGAGAUGACGACGAUGAUGAAGAGGAAGAGUAUGUAUUGGAGGAAGAGGACGCUCAUGAGGGAAAUGAACAGAAUGACUAUGACACUCGCAGUGAGGCCAGUGACUCCCGCUCGGAUUCGGUGUCUUUCUCAGAUGGAGAGUCUGUGCAUUCAGCAUCAGGCUCAGACGCCUCAGGUUCUGAAAAGAAACAUGAAAAACUGUCCUCUUCUGUCAGAGAUGUGCGGAAGGAUCGGAUCAACAAGCUGAAGCACAUCUUGAGAGAGGCCAGGUUUUUUCUCAUUAAGAGCAACAAUCAUGAGAACGUUUCUCUGGCUAAAGCAAAGGGCGUGUGGUCCACUCUGCCUGUCAACGAGAAAAAACUCAAUGCUGCUUUUCGCGCUGCUCGAAGUGUUGUGCUCGUUUUUUCAGUUCGAGAGAGUGGAAAAUUUCAAGGUUUUGCACGACUGUCUUCGGAGUCUCAUCAUGGUGGAUCUCCCAUACACUGGGUUUUGCCAGCAGGCAUGAAUGCCAAGAUGCUUGGAGGAGUCUUCAAAAUUGACUGGAUUUGCAGGCGGGAAUUACCUUUCACCAAAACAGCUCACCUUUCUAACCCGUGGAAUGAGCACAAGCCGGUGAAGAUUGGACGUGACGGACAGGAGAUUGAACCAGAGUGCGGGACGGAGCUCUGCAUGCUCUUCCCCCACGAUGAGAGCAUUGAUUUGUAUCAGGUCAUUCACAAAAUGCGCCACAAGAGGAGGAUGCACUCAGAGCCUCGAUCUCGGGGCCGACUGCCCCACAGAGAGCCCGUCCCUCGGGACAUGGGAAGGCGUCGUCCGGAGGAAUAUGACAUGCACAACCGGAAGCGGCCGAGGAUUGAUUACACCCCAGAAUUCCCUCAGAGACCAGGUUUUAUGCAAGAUCCCCGCAAUCCACCUGUGGACAGGCGCUUCACUGGCGUUAGGAGAGACGUGUUUCUUAAUGGAUCCUACAACGACUACAUGAGAGAAUUCCAUCACAACAUUGGGCCUCCACCACCAUGGCAAGGAAUGGCCCCGUACCCUGGUAUGGAGCAUCCUCCUCAGCACCCGUAUUACCAGCACCACCCUCCUCCACCCCAGGCCCACCCGCCCUACUCUGGACACCACCCCAUGCCCCAUGAUGCCCGCUUCAGGGAAAAGAGGGUCGUCCGCUCUUUCGCCUCCAGUUUGCAUGAUUACGAUAUGCGCGUGGAUGAUUUUCUGAGGCGAACGCAGGCAGUGGUGAGCGGACGCAGAAGCAGACCGCGGGAACGGGACCGUCAGAGAGAGCGGGACCGGCCCCGAGACGGACGGAGAGACCGAGAGCGAGAGCGCGGACGGGAGCGGGACCGCGAGAGAGAGAGAAUUCGAGACCGCGAGAGAGAAAAGGAGAGGGGCCGAUACCGGAGAUAGGGGGAAAACACUUCAUUUUUAUUCCCUUUUUUAUUAUUCAUUUUGUAGAUAGUGUUUUUCAUUUAUCUGUUUUUUUUAUACAAAUAGUAGUUAAAGGGAUAGUUCACCCCCAAAAAAACUCUUCAUUUACUUGUUUCAAACCUUCAGUGGAAGAUAUUUUGAAGAAUGCUGAAAAUCGGUAACCAUUGACUUCCAUUGUAGGUAAAGCAAAUACUGUGGAAGACGAUGGCUGCUGGUUUUUCCGCUUAUAAAAUAGCUGUUUUUGUGUUUAACAGAGGUAAAGGUGCAAAAAAAAAUGCUCUUACUUAGAUUUUUAGUCGUUUCUAGUCCAAAUAUCUACAAAUUCAAUCAAGAAGCAUUUUCUAGACAAGCAAAAAAAAGUCGUUUUAAUAAAUAUUAAGUGAGUUUUUCCCCUUAAAACAGGCUAAAUACUCUACUAAUGGGGUAAAUAAAAUAAUCUGAUCUCCAAAUGAAGAAAGUGAUUCUUUUAUUUACACCAUUAGCUGAUUAUUGAGCUUGUUUUAAGAAAAAACUCACUUAAAUUUGGCACAUUUCUUAAAACAAGACAUUUUUUGCUCGUCUAGAAAAUGCUUAAGAAUAUUAAGAUAUUUUGCCUUGUUUACAGUCCAAAUAUCUAAGUAAGAGAAGCAGUUUUUGCAGUGUAACCUCUUGAGGGAAAGUAAAUCAUGAGUAAAUAUUCAUUUUUGCGUGAACUAACCCCUUUAAUGUUUAUGAGUAAGCUGAACUGAACAUUACUGGGCAUUUUUUUGUUUUGUUUUUUCCUCCAUCCCAUGCCGUUGUUAGCAUCAUGCAUGCAGUGCGUUCAAAUUUAAUAACUGUGAAACCAAAAAUCAUUUUUACCCUCUUUUUAUUUCCCAUUUUAACCAUCGGUUCUGUGUAGUUCAGCAUUGAGAGCUGCUUUAUCCUGUUUGUUUCUCUCUCUCUCUCGUGAACCGACUGUUCCUCACGUGGCUGUUGCAGAUUUUAGGUGUCCGCUAACUCUGCUCCUGUCUUUGUGAUUUCUGUUGUACAUUUAAGUGAGGUCAUGGCUGCCGGUAUUUUAGGCACUGCUAAAUAUGACUCUUGUAUCAAGUACGUUUCUUUAGCUUUGUCUGAAGCUGAGCUUGUUUUCUAGUGUUUUUUUUGGGGGGUGGGAAAUGGAGUAAGAUAUUCCCACACCUCCUGCUUCUUCUUCUGUCCUGUGAAAGGAUUAAAUGUCAUGAAGGUUACUUUGGCCGUUUGUUGUCGGAUACUGUGUGGAUACGUUUUGUACAAAACAGAAAAAUAAAAGGAAGUGAAUUGCU